CGGAAGUGAUAAAACGUUUUGAGUUGAAAGGUCAUACUGACUGCGAAGGUUUGUUGUGCUAACUAGUUUUGUCAUUCGUUUUUUUUCCCCAGCAAGGAACGCUUCAAAUAUGUCCGCGUCUGAAGAACACGAAGACACAGCGACCACUGUCCCAUCCGUCCUCAUUACGAGCUGUGACAUUGGCUUUAAUGAACACGAUUUGAUAAAACAGAUUCUAGGCACCACAUCGUUGCCAGAGCCGUCCAAGCAGGAGGAUACGGUAGUGUGGUACCCAUGGACUAUCAAUAACAAGUAUUACACUGCAGACGUCAGCCUCUGUGUGGUGCCCAGUACCUACCAGAUGACCUCAGAGAUAGCCCAGUCCAUGCAGGCUUUCAUUGCUUACUUUGACAGCACAGUGAAGGAUGGUUUGGAGCGGCUGUCUCCCUGGAUAUCUGUGGUGGAAGACUUAGCUCCGGAGGUGCUCAUCCUGGUCUGUGACCGCGUGUGUGAAAGCGGCGUCAGUAGACAUGAGGCACAUCAGUGGUGUUUAGCACACGCCUUUGAGUUGGUGGAACUCAGCCCUGAAGACCUGCCAGAUGAGGAAGAUGACUUCCCAGAGUCUACAGGAGUGAAGAGGAUUGUCCAGGCUCUCAACGCUAACGUGUGGUCCAGUGUUGAGAUGAAGGAUGAACACAGUGGGGGCUUUGGUCUUAUGAGCAGCUUGGUGGCCUCCAGACAUAACAACCCACGACCCAGGCAGGACACACCGCCGCCGUCCUCCAGCCUGCCAGUAGAGGGCGGUGUAGACGGCGCGGAGCCCCAUAGGACUCAACCCAACCCUGAACACCGAGAGACACAGGUUGCUACCGUAGUAGAUCCGAUGCUUGACUUGGACAUUCAGGAGCUGGCUAACCUGACCGCUGGCGACGCGGACGUGGAGAACUUCGAACGCCUCUUCACCAAACUGAAGGAGAUGAAAGAUAAAGCGUCAUGGUUACCUCCUGAACAGAGGAAACUUCAUGCUGAGAAGGUUGCCAAGGCAUUUUGGACAGCCAUCGGAGGAGACCAAGAUGAGAUAGAAGGUCUGUCGUCGGGGGAAGAGAGUUAAAGGGAGACUGAGGAGCCACACUCUUCCUUCCUGUCCCCCGAGUCCUCUCCUUCCUGUCCCCCGAGUCCUCUCCUUCCUGUCCCCCGAGUCCUCUCCUUCCUGUCCCCCGAGUCCUCUCCUUCCUGUCCCCCGAGUCCUCUCCUUCCUGUCCCCCGAGUCCUCUCCUUCCUGUCCCCCGAGUCCUCUCCUUCCUGUCCCCCGAGUCCUCUCCUUCC